UCCUGGUGAUCCCGUUCGCCAUGUGAUCCCGGCAGAGCUGCGGCUGGCUCCGAAAUGGGAACCUUAGGGAAGAGGAAGGAGAACCCGAAACCUGCACAAAGAUGCAGCACUGCCCCUAAAACAGCACUUGAACUGAAGCAGAUCAGUCGUUGUGCCUCCCAUUCAAAUCCUACCCAGAUUACUGAGUUCAGAAUAAUGAUGCCUUUGGGACACUUAGCCAAAGGCGCCAGCCUGGAGAACCUCAUUGAAACCUGCCUUCAGUCUUUUGAUUCAGAGGGAAACCUAUAUCAAAACAACCAGCUGCUACAGAUAACACUGACCAUGCACAGAGUUAUCAUCCCCUCUGAGGAUGUGCUCCGAAAACUAAUUGAUCUAUAUCUGGAUGCUUUAGAAAAGAAAUCUGGGCUUUGUGUAAAGAUAUGCUAUUUUGUAAGGUAUUGGAUAACAGAGUUCUGGAUCAUGUUCAAAAUGGAUUCUAGUCUAAUUAACACCAUGGAGGAAUUUCAGAAAUUGGUGAGAGCUAAUGGUGAGGAGUUACACUGUCGCCUAAUUGACACAACUCAAAUAAAUUCCCGGGAUUGGUCCCGAAAGCUUACACAGCGGAUAAAGCCCAACACCAGUAAGAAAAGGAAAGUCUCACUUCUCUUUGAUCAUCUAGAGCCGGAAGAGCUAUCAGACCACCUCACCUACCUUGAAUUUAAGUCCUUCCGAAGAAUAUCAUUCUCAGAUUACCAGAAUUACAUUGUAAACAGCUGUGUAAAGGAGAAUCCAACGAUGGAAAGGUCCAUUGCUCUUUGUAAUGGUAUCUCCCAAUGGGUACAACUAAUGGUACUCAGUAGGCCAACACCACAGCUUCGGGCUGAAGUGUUCAUCAAGUUUAUUCAUGUUGCACAGAAGCUCCACCAGUUGCAGAAUUUCAAUACUUUAAUGGCAGUGAUAGGAGGUCUCUGUCACAGCUCUAUCUCCAGACUCAAGGAAACAAGCUCUUAUGUUCCUCAUGAGGUCAACAAGGUGUUUAAUGAAAUGACAGAACUGCUCUCAUCUUAUAGGAACUAUGACAAUUAUCGACGUGCCUACAAUGAGUGCACUAACUUUAAGAUCCCAAUCCUUGGGGUCCACUUGAAAGACCUGAUCUCCCUUUAUGAGGCCAUGCCAAAUUACUUAGAGGACCAAAAAAUUAAUGUGCAUAAACUACAGUCUCUGUAUAACCACAUAAAUGAACUGAUACAACUCCAGGAGAUGGCACCUCCCUUAGAAGCUAAUAAGGAUCUUGUUCAUCUGCUCACGCUGUCACUUGAUCUUUACUACACUGAAGAUGAAAUAUAUGAACUAUCGUAUGCACGAGAGCCAAGAAGCCACCGAGCUGCACCUUUGACACCUUCCAAACCACCGGUAGUUGCAGACUGGGCCUCAGGCAUAGCUCCAAAACCUGAUCCAAAGACAAUCAGCAAGCACGUUCAGAGAAUGGUGGAUUCUGUCUUCAAAAAUUAUGACCAUGAUCAGGAUGGAUACAUUUCUCAGGAAGAAUUUGAAAAGAUUGCAGCCAGCUUUCCAUUCUCAUUUUGUGUCAUGGACAAGGACAGGGAAGGUCUGAUUAGCAGGGAUGAAAUAACAGCUUACUUUAUGAGGGCUAGCUCGAUCUAUUCUAAAUUAGGUCUUGGCUUUGCUCACAACUUCCAAGAGACCACUUACCUAAAGCCUACGUUCUGUGACAACUGUGCUGGAUUUCUCUGGGGAGUUAUUAAGCAAGGAUAUAGAUGCAAAGACUGUGGAAUGAACUGUCACAAGCAAUGCAAAGACCUGGUUGUAUUUGAGUGCAAGAAAAGAUCCAAAAGCAUGACUGCAGAUAACAGCCCGACCUCAGCCCUCGCUUCUAACCUCUGUCCUGUAGGAGUCAAAGAGCAAUUCCAUGGGCAGGAGGAAGGACCAUUUACAUUUCCUAAUGAAGAAGUGGCUGAACACAAUGAAGAGAGCAAGGACCGAACAAUUAUGCUUAUGGGUGUCUCGUCCCAAAAAAUCUCAGUGAGAGUGAAGCCAGCUGUUCUUGACAAGAGCACACAGACUGAGCCAGCACUGACAAAUAGCGCUGUACCCAGUAGGCAGAUAGAGAAGGAGCAUGGGAUGCCAUCGGAAAAUAUUUAUCUUCAGCCCGCAACACCAUCCCCAUGCCCAAGCCCAGUUCUAAGCCGCAAAAAGGCUUAUGUAAAAUGGGAAAACAAAGACUCAAGUCAGAAACGAAAGGAUGAGCAGCACAUCUAUAAACCCUCAUACCAGGAAGUGGAGCAGGAAAGAAAUAUUCUAAAGGCAGAAAAUGAAGCUUUAAAGAUUCAGCUUAAACAGGCACACAAAACAAUUGAAUCUCUCAGUAUUCAACGCAGAAAUCAUGUCUUGGAUAAUACACAACACAGAGACUGCGCGUAGCUGACAAGGCACAAGCUCUCCUCUGGAUGAAUGUAAAAGGAGAGGGCUUUUUGAACUGUGACAAAGCUGCUGUAUUCAAGUGAACAGGAAACAGAGACUGAAAGAUUUUAAACAGAAAUAUACUCUGUUGAAUCAGCGUAUUUUGCCUGUUCAAUAUACUGCUGAAUGUAUAAAUGUGUUCCUUUCUUUGACAGUUUAAAAUAAUUUAUCUUCUGAACCCGGGAAUUAAUACGUUCUGGAAUCUCUCUCAAGAAGGGUGAUAUAGGCCCUGAAGUUUAUAUUUAUCAUCAGUAAGCAACUUCCAUGUCCAAUAUGGAUGAUGCGACUCUACAAGUAGCUACUGUUUCUAUCGAGUGCCCACCUACAAGUAUUCCGACAAGGUAUGUAAUUAAGCGGACACCAUCAACUCAAAUUUGGCCCAAAUUCAGGUUUUCUAACAAACAUUUGAUAAAUCUAAGACUUUUGAGCAAUUUUUGAUAAGAUAGAAAUGUCAUGGUCCCAAUCAUCGCUGCAUUAAGAACUGGAAAGUGCAACUGAGUUCAUUGAUUUUCAUCAUCCAACAUUAGAAAUACGAACUGUCAGUAAGCAGUGAAAUGAUUUUAAGUCUUUCCUUUUUAAUGC